AUGUCGAAACCCGACGGAACCACUCCGCCAGUGCCCCCAUCCAUGACUGUUUCUGUCUCUGAAUCUUCAAGCGACUCUUCCGAUGUUAGACCAUAUACACCACAAAAGAAAAAUAAGUUAAGUGUUUCAAUUGUAGAGGACCUCACCGUGCAAGGGAAUGUCCUAACUAGAGAUGAGAUUGAGCGAAACCAAAGACAGUUAAAGAAUUCUGUGUCCAAUGUUAAAAUUCAAAAUUCCGAAAUAUUGAAGUUUAAAUGCCAAGUCCUCGUUUUAACUCAAGUGUUGGUAAAAACCUACAGAGCCCGCCCUUUGCACGACAGUCAUCUUAAAAACAAUGUAAGCGGCGAAGUUGUGGUGAAUGCACCUGAAUACGGGGACCCAUGUACUACAAUAGAAGACUGCUCAGAUCAUAGAUAUAAUUGUUUAGAAGAUGAAUUUAACACAUCAAGGUGCCUCUGCAACGUGUUUCACAAAUGGUUAAACGACUCCGUAGGUUGCAUACAAAUUGUUAACACUACUGAUAUAAUGAAUGAAACUGUCCAUUCAGAACAUGAUAGAGCAGACCAGGCAGUUAGUAUUACUCCAAACAUUUGGGAUUACUGUAUGAGUUCGGGAGUUGUUAUUUUGCCUAUACGUCUUGGUUUACGUUUUUGUCGUUAUUGUUCGUGUCCAAGUAGGAUUGUUCCUGCACAUAUGUCUUCAGUCUUGAGGCCAAAAACCAUCAAUAGAUAG